GCCCUAUUAACCUGUCUGACCACCUCGUUUGAUUGCCGAGACAAUGCAUGACUACAGGGUCACAUCUGUAAUAUUUUCUAAGAGACGCUCCGUGGAUCUGAACGUUAAGUUAACCUCAAACAUGAUGCGACUGGUUGGCAAGCAAGCUGCUCUUACAGGAGGCUUUAUCUUGUCACAGUAUUAGUAUACUGUUAUGAUGGCGUCGCUAAUAGCACCUCUUCGAGGUCUUCGAGUGUCUUCUCAUUUCAUUCCUAGCCUCAGUCUCAUCCCAAACACCUCCCUGCAAAAUUACCCUCUCAUUAUAUAUCACGAAUGUUUCCAACCGUCGAUAUCACCUGCUGUUAUUGAGGCCCAUCUAGGGUCCGUCGGCGUCGUCGAGCCCCAGUGGAGGUAUACUAUGUACAGCACGACGCACUUUCAUAGCACUACUCAUGAAGUACUAUGCAUCGCAUCUGGUCGUGCGAGGCUAUGUUUUGGUGGAGAGAACAAUCCUGGAAAGGUAGAAACGGAAGUUAAGAUUGGGGAUGUCAUUAUCAUUCCUGCAGGCGUGGGGCACAGGCUCUUGCAAGACUUGGACGGUGGAUUCGAGAUGGUCGGAAGUUAUCCCAAGGGAAUGGACUGGGACAUGUGUUAUGGCAGGGAGGAUGAGCAGGCAAAUAUUGAAGCUAUCAAAGACUUGGCAUGGUUUGACAAAGACCCUAUUUACGGUGACGAGGGACCCGCACUUCAGAUAGUAUAUGGUGGCGUGUAA